AUGGCGCGCCCAUUGACUGAUAGUGAAUUGCUUGCGCUGGUGGAAGUUUCCGAGAGUGAUGGGAGUGUAUCAGAAUUAGAAGACCGUACAAGCAACGAGAGUGAAGAAGAAAGUUCUGAAGAUGAUUUGAUCCCAGUGCUCGCGAAUAAUCCUACAACAUCUAAUGCAACAGUGGGCUCAAAAGAUGGUAAAAUACAAUGGCCGAUGGAUUCUCCGUCACAAUCCGGUCGUUUUUCAUCUGCAAAUGUUACAAAAAGUUCUACAGGAGUUACAAGAUACGCAUGUGCACGAAUUUUCGAUGUAAAAAGCUCAUUUGACAUAGUGUUUUCUGACGUUGUUGAAACACAAAUUAUAAAUAUGACUAACAUAGAAGGAUUUCGGGUUUUUGGUUCAUGUUGGAAAGAUCUAGACAAAAUGACUUUUCAAGCUUAUAUUGGUCUUCUGAUAUUAGUCGGUGUAUAUAAAUCUUACGGAGAAGCAACUAAAAGUCUUUGGAAUGAAGAAACUGGUCGCAGUAUAUUUCGGGCAACAAUGUCUCUUGAGUUAUUCACAAAAAUAUCCCGAGUAAUCCGCUUUGACAAUAAGACCACCCGACCGGAAAGAAGACGUUCUGACAAACUUGUCGCCAUUCGAGAUGUCUGGGAAAAGUGGGUUGAAAACAUACCUAAAUUAUUCAAUCUCCAUGAAAAUGUUACUGUUGAUGAACAACUUGUUUCGUUUAGAGGACGAUGUCCUUUCAAACAGUACAUUCCUAGCAAACCAGCAAAGUAUGGCGUGAAAAUAUGGACCUUAUGUGAUAGCAAAACCUCAUAUGCAUACAAACUGCAAAUAUAUACAGGGAAAGAAGCGGGCUCUGCUUCCGAAAAAAAUCAAGGAAUGAGGGUAGUAUGUGAUCUUACCUCUGAUUUGAGAGGCCAUAAUGUUACUUGUGAUAACUUUUUUACGUCAUACAACUUAGGAUAA